CAUAAACAGCUCGUCAACCACCUCGGUAGCUUGUUAGCCAACAUAGCCGAAAGAUUCUAGCUAUUUAUACGCUUUCGGUGUAUAUUAGCUUCUGUGUUUUCGACACACUUAGGUCGUAUCUACUUGUUAACCUAUUUAAUAUUACGUUAUUUUGUAUUAGUCAGCUAUAGUAGCUGGCUGGUUAAAUUAGCAAUAGCCUAGUCGCUAAUGAUAGCUUGCUAGCUAUUAUCCCCGAACAUGAGCUCCCUAAACAUCCCCUCUCCUGUUAAAGAAGAGGUCUGCUGGACGGAGAAAGAAGCUCUCGUGAAAGAGUUGAAGGAAGAGGAGGAUGUCACAGUAAAACAAGAAGUAGAGCGUGAGGCUGUUACCCUGAAAGAAGAAGAGAAAGACGUUUCAGUGAAAGAAGAGGAAGACGCGUUCAGAGUGAAAGAGGAGGAGGAUGUUACAGUAAAAGAAGAGGAUGCAGUUUUUGGUGUGAAAGAAGAGGAGGUUGGAGAUCCGUUUAAACCCAGAGAGAGACGGGACUAUCGUGUAUCCUCUGGGGAUCUUCAACGACAUCAUGAUGCUGACGAGGCAGAGAAAAGUCUCUCCAGAUCAGAACUCCUCAAGAAACACCAGCGAGAGAAACUGUACUGCUGCUCUGACUGUGGGAAAAGAUUAAACUCUUCACUAGGCCUUAAAAUACAUCAAAGAAUUCACACUGGAGAUAAACGUUAUGGCUGUGAUCAAUGUGGGAAGAGUUUUAUUCGGCUACAAACCCUGAAAUCACACCAGAGAAUACACACUGGAGAGAAACCUUAUGGCUGUGAUCAAUGUGGGAAGAGUUUUACUCAGCUAAACAGCCUGACAGUACACCAGCGGACACACACAGGAGAGAAACCUUAUGGCUGUAAUCAAUGUGGGAAGAGUUUUACUACGUCUAGCUAUCUAACUAUACACAAGAGAACACACACAGGAGAGAAACCAUAUAGCUGUAAUCAAUGUGGGAAGAGUUUUACUCAGCUAAACAGCCUGAAAGUACACCAGCGGACACACACAGGAGAGAAAUCUUAUGGCUGUGAUCAAUGUGUAAAGAGUUUUAGUACGUUUGGCUGUCUGACUAUACACCAGAGAACACACACAGGAGAGAAAUCUCAUAACUGUAAUCAGUGUGGGAAGAGAUACUCUGAUAAAAGAUCUCUGAUCAAACAUCAGAAAAUACAUACAUGAAGAAGUUGUUUCAUGAUAUCAAUGAAAUGAUGUCACAAUGUAGAAUGUUUUAACAUUGUAGUAGGAGUAUUUUAAUAAUGUCACAAUGUAGAACCCUAAACGUUUGCCCCCUGUUCUAUUGAUUUCAACAUGAUAUGGAUAUUAGCCUCAGGGGGAAAAUCCAGGCUCUGAAUUGAAAGAGUACUAUUUAUGUGAUUUAACAAAAAGUGACCAACACAAAAAAGAGUUGUUACACUUCUCGCGUUGGCGACCCACUUGAAUCAAAAUGCAACACUUCAAAAUGUAGCGAGCUGUUUUCUACAAGUUGUCCUCUAACCAGGGAUGUACACAUUACUCCCAGAUUCCGUGUGGUUUUUGAGCUGUUAGUUUUAACAGGACGUGCAACCUCAUCUCCCUCUUCUCACACAAUUGAUUUUAGCAUGAUAUCGAUGAGUGAUGACAAAUAAGUGUUGUGUUCCUUUGUUUAGCGACCCCUACAUUUAAACGCAUCACUCCCAAAUGUCUUCUGCAGGUUUUUUUUUAUUUUUUUUAUUUCACCUUUAUUUAACCAGGUAGGCUAGUUGAGAACGAGUUCUCAUUUGCAACUGCGACCUGGCCAAGAUAAAGCAUAGCAGUGUGAACAGACAACAACACAGAGUUACACAUGGAGUAAACAAUAAACAAGUCAAUAACAUGGUAGAAAAAAAGAGAAUCUAUAUACAAUGUGUGUAAAAAGCAUGAGGAGGUAGGCAAUAAAUCGAAUAAUUACAAUUUAGCAGAUUAACACUGGAGUGAUAAAUCAUCAGAUGAUCAUGUGCAAGUAGAGAUACUGUUGUGCAAAAGAGCAGAAAAGUAAAUAAAUAAAAGCAGUAUGGGGGGUGAGGUAGGUAAAUUGGGUGGGCUAUAUACCGAUGGACUAUGUACAGCUGCAGCGAUCGGUUAGCUGCUCGGAUAGCAGAUGUUUAAAGUUGUUGAGGGAGAUAAAAGGCUCCAACUUCAGAGAUUUUUGCAAUUCGUUCCAGUCGCAGGCAGCAGAGAACUGGAAGGAAAGGCGUCCAAAUGAGGUUUUGGCUUUAGGGAUGAUCAGUGAGAUACACCUGCUGGAGCGCGUGCUACGGGUGGGUGUAGCCAUCAUGACCAGUGAACUGAGAUAAGGCGGCACUUUACCUAGCAUAGCCUUGUAGAUGACCUGGAACCAGUGGGUCUGACGACGAACAUGUAGCGAGGGCCAGCCGACUAGGGCUUACAGGUCGCAGUGGUGGGUCGUAUAAGGUGUUUUAGUAACAAAACGGAUGGCACUGUGAUAAACUGCAUCCAGUUUGCUGAGUAGAGUAUUGGAAGCUAUUUUGUAGAUGACAUCGCCGAAGUCGAGGAUCGGUAGGAUAGUCAGUUUUAUUAGGGUAAGUUUGGCGGCGUGAAUGAAGGAGGCUUUGUUGCGAAAUAGAAAGCCGACUAGAUUUGAUUUUGGAUUGGAGAUGUUUGAAAUGAGUCUGGAAGGAGAGUUUUCAGUCUAGCCAGACACCUAGGUACUUAUAGAUGUCCACAUAUUCUAGGUCGGAACCGUCCAGGGUGGUGAUGCUAGUCGGGCGUGCGGGUGCAGGCAGCAAACGGUUGAAAAGCAUGCAUUUGGUUUUACUACAUUUACAUUUAAGUCAUUUAGCAGACGCUCUUAUCCAGAGCGACUUACAAAUUGGUGCAUUCACCUUAUGAUAUCCAGUGGAACAACCACUUUACAAUAAUGCAUCUAACUCUUUUAAGGGGGGGGGGGGUUAGAAGGAUUACUUUAUCCUAUCCUAGUUAUUCCUUAAAGAGGUGGGGUUUCAGGUGUCUCCAGAAGGUGGUGAUUGACUCCGCUGACCUGGCGUCGUGAGGGAGUUUGUUCCACCAUUGGGGUGCCAGAGCAGCGAACAGUUUUGACUGGGCUGAGCGGGAACUGUACUUCCUCAGAGGUAGGGAGGCGAGCAGGCCAGAGGUGGAUGAACGCAGUGCCCUUGUUUAAACUAGCGUUUAAGAGCAGUUGGAGGCCACGGAAGGAGUGUUGUAUGGCAUUGAAGCUUGUUUGGAGGUUAGAUAGCACAGUGUCCAAGGAAGGGCCAGAAGUAUACAGAAUGGUGUCGUCUGCGUAGAGGUGGAUCAGGGAAUCACCCGCAGCAAGAGCAACAUCAUUGAUAUAUACAGAGAAAAGAGUCGGCCCGAUAAUUGAACCCUGUGGUACCCCCAUAGAGACUGCCAGAGGACCGAACAACAUGCCCUCCGAUUUGACACACUGAACUCUGUCUGCAAAGUUGUUGGUGAACCAGGCAAGGCAGUCAUUAGAAAAACCGAGGCUACUGAGUCUGCCGAUAAGAAUAUGGUGAUUGACAGAGUCGAAAGCCUUGGCCAGGUCGAUGAAGACGGCUGCACAGUAAUGUCUUUUAUCGAUGGCGGUUAUGAUAUCGUUUAGUACCUUGAGCGUGGCUGAGGUGCACCCGUGACCGGCUCGGAAACCGGAUUGCACAGCGGAAAAGGUACGGUGGGAUUCGAGAUGGUCAGUGAUCUGUUUGUUGACUUGGCUUUCGAAGACCUUAGAUGGGCAGGGCAGGAUGGAUAUAGGUCUGUAACAGUUUGGGUCCAGGGUGUCUCCCCCUUUGAAGAGGGGGAUGACCGCGGCAGCUUUCCAAUCCUUGGGGAUCUCAGAUGAUACGAAGGAGAGGUUGAACAGGCUGGUAAUAGGGGGUGCGACAAUGGCGGCGGAAAGUUUCAGAAAUAGGGGUCCAGAUUGUCAAGCCCAGCUGAUUUGUAUGGGUCCAGGUUUUCCAGCUCUUUCAGAACAUCUGCUAUCUGGAUAUGGGUAAAGGAGAAGCUGGGGAGGCUUGGGCGAGUAGCAGCAGGGGGGGCGGGGCUGUUGGCCAAGGUUGGAGUCGCCAGGAGGAAGGCAUGGCCAGCCAUUGAGAAAUGCUUGUUGAAGUUUUCGAUUAUCACGGAUUUAUCGGUGGUGACCGUGUUACCUAGCCUCAGUGCAGUGGGCAGCUGGGAGGAGGUGCUCUUGUUUUCCAUGGACUUUACAGUAUCCCAGAACUUUUUGGAGUUAGAGGUACAGGAUGCAAAUUUCUGCUUGAAAAAGCUGGCCUUUGCUUUCCUGACGGGAUGAGGUCAAUAUCCUUCCAGGGUACCCGGGCCAGGUCGAUUAGAAAGGCCUGCUUGUAGAAGUGUUUUAGGGAGCGUUUGACAGUGAUGAGGGGUGGUCGUUUGACCGCGGACCCGUAGCGGAUACAGGCAAUGAGGCAGGUUCGCUGAGAUCUUGAUUGAAGACAGCAGAAGUGUAUUUGGAGGUCAAGUUGGUCAGGAUAAUGUCUAUUAGGGUGCCCAUGUUUACGGAUUUAGGGUUGUACCUGGUGGGUUCCUUGAUGAUUUGUGUGAGAUUGAGGGCAUCAAGCUUAGAUUGUAGGACUGCCAGGGUGUUAAGCAUAUCCCAGUUUAGGUCACCUAACAGAACAAACUCUGAAGCUAGAUGGGGAGCGAUCAAUUCACAGAUGGUGUCCAGGGCACAGCUGGGAGCUGAGGGGGGUCAGUAGCAGGCGGCAACAGUGAGAGACUUAUUUCUGGAGAGAAUAAUUUUUUUAAUUAUUAGUUCGAACUGUUUGGGCAUAGACCUGGAAAGUAUGACAGAACUUUGCAGGCUAUCUCUGCAGUAGAUUGCAACUCCUCCCACUUUGGCAGUUCUAUCUUGACGGAAAGUGUUUAUAGUUGGGUAUGGAAAUCUCAGAAUUUUUGGUGGCCUUCCUAAGCCAGGAUUCAGACACGUCAAGGACAUCAGGGUUGGCAGAGUGUGCUAAAGCAGUGAGUAAGACAAACUUAGGGAGGAGGCUUCUGAUGUUGACAUGCAUGAGGCCAAGGCUUUUUCGAUCACAGAAGUCAACAAAUGAGGGUGCCUGGGGACAUGCAGGGCCUGGGUUUACCUCCACAUCACCCAAGGAAUAGAGGAGUAGUGGGAUGAGGGUACGGCUAAAGGCUAUCAAAACUGGUCGCCUAGAGCGUUGGGGACAAGGAAUAAAAGGAGCAGAUUUAUGGGCGUGGUAGAAUAGAUUCUGGGCAUAAUGUGCAGACAGGGGUAUGGUGGGGCACGGGUACAGCGGAGGCAAGCCCAGGCACUGGGUGAUGAUAAGAGAGGUUGUAUCUCUGGACAUGCUGGUCUCAAUGGGUGAGGUCACCGCAUGUGUGGGAGGUGGGACAAAGGAGGUAUCAGAGGUACGGAGAGUGGAACUACGGGGUCCAUUGCAAACCAAAACAAUGAUAACUAGCCUGAACAACAGUAUACAAGGCAUAUUGAUAUUUGAGAGAGACAUACAGUAAGGCAUAAAGUGAUUGCAGGUCUUGAUUGGGAGAGCUAGCUAAAACAACAGGUGAGAUAACAGCAGCUAGUCAGCUAACACAGCAACAGCAGGUAAAAAUGGCGACGACUAGGCAGAGAGGGUUGGAUUAACUACACACAGAGCCUGAGUUAAAACACAGAGCCGACAGAUAAAACACAAAUUGUUUUAUCUGUUUGAGGUUGUCCUCAAACCAGUGAGGUAAAAGAUAUCUCCCAUUUCCGUGUUUUUUUUUUAGUUGUGUUAGUUUCAACAGCAAGUACAACCUGAUUUACCAACCCCC